CCGCGUCCAUCAUAUUGAACCGCGAUAUUGAGGCGCCUUUGCCGACACCGCCCUUCGAGUAUUCUCUGUAGAGAUUGCUCGAAACAUGCUCUUGAUCGGGAACCAACCUGAGGAUAUCAUCAUCCAGCAUGGACUUUGCAACCUGUACCGACGACGCAUCGUUUGGACCGUCGGUCCAGGGCUGCCGAGGGGAUUUCGACUUCACACUCAAAUUUGAAAAGAUAUUUCUCGCCAUUAUUCCAGCUGCCAUUUUCAUUGCACUUUCUCUACCAAGAAUCGUCCAGCUACACCGCAAGCCAGGUAUUGUUGGAGGUGUUGUUUUGCGUUACUUGAAGCUGAUAUCUAUAGCCAUCUACGGCAUCUUUGUGUUUUGCCAGCUAGUCUUGAGCAUUGCAAAAUCACGGAAAUUGGGCAUAUACUUCAUUCCUGCCGACGCCUUGGCUCUCGCAUCUAGUAUUUGCAUGCUUCUACUCUCUUCCCUCGAACACACCAAAUCACCACGUCCAUCCAUCUUCUUGAACGCCUAUCUCUUUAUCGCCACUCUCCUGGAUAUCUCGCAGACUAGAACCAUAUGGCUGGCAUCCUCGAAUCGUGACGAGCUCAACUACGCUAGCAUCUUCACUGUUGGCGUAGCUAUCAGGGCUCUUCUUAUUGUGCUUGAAUCCCAAUCCAAGUCAAGAUGGAUUCUACAAUGGGAAAAAGGUGCCCACAGUCCCGAGGAAACAGCAGGUCUCUACGGUCUUGGUGCAUACUUCUGGCUCAACAAGCUGUUUUUGAGGGGAUAUCGAGGUGUCCUCACCAUUGAUGAUCUCUUCCCUUUAGACCAUAAUAUCGCUUCUGCCAAGCUGUACGCUGAAGCUGGUCAUAAUCUCGAGGCUACAAAGCUGGGAAAGCGGCAGCACGGACUGGCAAAGGCAGUCAUGAAAGCUUUGGCUGUGUCCUUUUUGUUGCCCGUCGGACCUCGUAUUGCGUUCGGGGCCUUCCAGCUUUGCCAACCUUUCCUCAUCGAAACACUCCUGGGAUACCUUGAACAGCCCGUCGAAAUGAGUCCGAAGAACAUUGGAUACGGAUUGAUCGGCGCAGGACUCCUUAUCUAUGUCGGUAUGGCAGUGUCAUCAGCCUUUUACUGGUACUUUCAAGAACGCGCCAUGUACAUGACCCGCAGCCUACUUGCCGCUGCCGUGUACAGGAAGACAACCGAAGCCAGAAUCUCAGCUGCCGACGAUUCGGCCGCCCUCACCUUGAUGAGUGCCGAUAUCGAACGAGUUCUGGUCGGAUGCAUGGAGAUGCACGAGUUUUGGGCCAACAUGGUCGAGGUCGUCUUUGCCUGCUGGUUACUGUCCAGGAAAAUCGGGGUUGCCUUCACCGCCCCUGUCAUUAUCGUCGGCGUUUGUGUUGUCUGCUCCUUCUUCCUUGCCAAGCUUACUGGCCCUAGGCAAAAGGCUUGGAUGGAGAGGAUACAAAAGCGAGUAGGGCUCACCACGAACAUGAUCACACAGAUGAAGCACCUCAAGAUAUCGGGCCUCUCGGCUCCAGUUGAGGAGUCGAUUCAGGCCAUGAGGGUGGACGAGCUCGGGGCUGGGGCAAGAUUCCGGAUCGUCCAGGUUUAUGCAGCGGCAGUGGGUUACACUCCGUUGUGCCUUUCCCCUGUUGUAACCUUUGCCUUUGCCUCCAGGACAUUAGAUGUGACUACGAUCUUCACAUCCAUUUCCUACAUUCUGCUGUUGGCCAACCCUCUGGGAUCACUGUUCCAGCAUAUCCCAAGUUUCCUGGCGGCCUUGACGUGUCUAAAUCGUAUUCAGGCUUUUCUGGCACAAGAUUCUCGCACCGACUUUCGCGAGUCCGAGAUCCUUAUGGACCGCAGUGCCAGCUCACCCACGUCAAAGCUGGGUUCGGAAAGUGUUGAGGUUCACGCCGACCCCGGCCUUGAGAUCACGUAUGGCAAGUUUGGUUGGGACAACGACAAGACUGCUCUUCAUGAUAUCGAUAUCCGCAUCCCACACUCCAGUUUGACCAUCGUCAUUGGGCCCGUGGCUUCUGGCAAGUCGACGCUCUGCAAAGCUUUGCUGGGCGAAGUGCCUGUAUUUGGAGGUAAACUUCAUGUGGCAAGCCGCUUCCGCAAAAUUGGGUAUUGCGACCAGACCCCUUACCUCUCGAACGCAACAAUCAGGGAGAACAUCAUUGGCUUCGACGCCUUCAAUCAAGAACGAUUUGACGAAGUCGUUGAAGCUACCGUGCUUCGCCAAGACCUCGAACUUCUGCCCCAAGGUGACGAGACCAAUGUUGGAAGCAAUGGGAUAUCCCUGAGUGGAGGACAGAAGCAACGGGUGUCGAUGGCCAGAGCUUUGUAUACGGACUCGAAGUUGUUGGUUUUCGACGACAUUCUCAGCGGCCUGGACGCUGACACGGAGGAACAAGUGUUUCGCCGUGUCUUCUCCCCGGAUGGCUUGUUACGUCGGAGAGGAGCUACAGUUGUCCUUUGCACCCACUCCAUCCGACACCUACCAUCGGCAGACCACAUCGUCGCACUGGGUUCAGAUGGCAGGAUUGUCGAGCAGGGGACCUUUCAGGAGCUGAUGAAGAAUGACAUGUACGUCAACAGCUUGGGUGUCCAGGAGUGCGAUGCCGCAAGCUCGAAGGAGGAUUUGGCAGUACAGGAAAAACCAGGUCUGAGCACGACUCUGAAGAUGACCCCGAACAAGGUCACGGCCUUCAGCCCAGAAGCGGACAAGACGAGGGCAACGGGCGACUUUACGAUAUACCGGUAUUAUCUCGCUCGCCUCAACCUCUUUGGCGUUAUUGUCUUGAUCAUGGCAGGCUUCGGCUGGGGUUUCUGCAUCAACUUCUCCACAAUCUGGCUGAAGUUCUGGUCAGAGGAUGUCGCAUCGCCUCAGCCACAGCGGUCCAAUGCGUUCUACAAUGGAUUAUACGCGCUGUUCCAGUUGGGUGCACUGAUGUCUCUGUUCCUUUCGGCUUUGGUGGUCUUUACCUCCAUGAUCACAAUAUCAGGGGCUAGACUCCAUCUCGAAACGCUCCGAACGGUCAUCAACGCGCCUCUCAAGUUCUUUACGACAACCGAUACUGGUAUCGUGACCAACUUGUUCUCACAGGAUAUGACUUUGGUCGACGGGCAGCUUCCCAUGGCGCUUGUCAAUCUCAUACUGUACAUCUUCAACUGCCUCGGAAUGGCGGCAGUGGUUGCUACGGCGUCCCCUUAUCUGGCCGUUGCUUACCCGUUCCUGGCGGUGGUCUUGUACGGGAUUCAAAAGUUUUAUCUGCGGACGUCGAGACAGAUCCGAUUGCUGGAUUUGGAGGCCAAGAGCCCGCUCUCCCACUUUAUCGACACGAUCAAAGGUCUCGCUACAUACCGCGCCUUUGGCUGGGUGCCUGAGUCUGUCAAGAAGAAUGACAUCCUCAUCGACACUUCUCAGAGACCGGCGUAUCUCCUAGCCAUGAUCCAGCGCUGGCUGGCUUUUACACUACAGAUUGUUGUUGCUGUGCUGGCAGUGGCGGUGAUCACCCUGUCGACGCAGAUGCGCACGAAUACUGCGUUUACUGGAGCCAGUUUGGUGACGCUGAUGAUCUUUGGGGAGGCGUUUUCGUACAUUAUCAGGUUUUACACCAUGUUGGAAACGUCGAUUGGUGCUGUCAGUCGGUUGAAGGCGUUUGGGGAGACGGUUAGGAGUGAGAAUAGAGAGGGAGAGGAUUUGCUGCCGGGGGAGGAGUGGCCGGCGAAGGGGGAGAUUAAGAUGACGGGGGUGUCGGCUUCGUAUGAGUAUGUCUUUUGCGCCCCCCCCCCCCUGACGCUUUUUUCCAUGUCCAGCCUUGACAGUUGUUGUUACAGCGGGGACGAGGAUGGCAAACCGGGAGUAGAAGGCCAGAACUUCGCCCUCAAAGAUCUGAACAUUGAUAUCCUUCCAGGUCAGAAGGUGGCCAUCUGCGGUAGAAGCGGCAGCGGCAAAUCCUCCCUCCUCCUCCUCCUCCUCCGCCUCCUCGACCCUAUUUCUUCCCCCGCCUCCACCAUAGAAAUCGACUCCCUCCCCCUCACCAAAACCCACCGCUCCACCCUCCGCCAGCGCAUCAUCGCCGUCCCCCAAGACCCAGUCUUCCUCCCAGACGGAACCUCCUUCCAAGCCAACCUCGACCCGUUUGGGCUCGCCUCCGAAGAAGAAUGUCGCUCCGUGUUGGGGAUUGUCUCCCUUUGGCAGUCUUUUGUUUCGGAACGAGGCGGCCUGCAAGCGCCCAUGUCAUCAGACACGUUGUCUCAGGGACAAAAACAGCUUUUUAGCUUGGCGAGGGCGAUUCUCAGAGGACGGAUCCGUGCUAGAGGCAAGGGAAAGCAAAACGAGGGAGGGGUGCUGCUUCUUGAUGAGGUUAGUUCUAGUGUGGAUAAGGAUACUGACGAGGCGAUGCAGAGGAUGAUUUUGGAUGAGUUUGCUGGGUAUACCAUUGUGAUGGUCAGCCAUCGGCUGGGUAUGGUGAUGAAUUUUGACAGGGUGGUUGUUAUGGAUGAGGGGAGGAUUGUGGAGGAUGGUAAGCCGAGAGAGCUUGUUGACCAGGAGGGUUCGAGGUUUAGGGAUUUGUGGAUGGUGGGGAGGAGGAAGAGGAAUUGACGUUCUUGGGGCAAGGCAAACAUGUGCGAAGGCGGGCACCAAAAGAGAUACAAGAUGAUGAAACGAGCUUCAGAUUUGGGACCCGAGGUUCAUGCAUAAUACUGCCUGCCUUUUUCCCAUGCCAUUCCAUGCUGCCAUUUUGUUGUACAGAAUCCAACCUGAAAAUACCAACGCCG